CUUGCUACCUUAAAAUAGGAUAUUUCUGGCCAACAUAUAUCUAUUGCAAUUAGACAAACAACAUUCACAUGAAGAGAAUUUUGGAGGGGUGUCACAAUUCACAAGUAUCAGAGGGCUUCUGUGCAAUUUACAGAAAUCGCGAAGGACUAAUAUGAAAGAUAUGAAAGAAUACUAAUCAUCAACUCUAUGUUUUCGGUUCGGUUAAUGAGACGAUCGUCUCCCGCCACCUUCCUCUUCUCACGACGCAGCUCCACACCGCGGACCCACCACCUGUUCGAUGAAACUCCCCAACGACGCCGCUUCCUUGACCCUUUCUCCCUCCUCCCCCUCCUCGCCUCCUCCCCCUCCCUCUCCCCUCUCUUCCACGCUCCCAUGCUCAAAUCCUCCGCCCUCGCCCACUACCCCGCCCCCGCCACCGCCCUCCUCGCCUCCUACUCCAUAUCCGGCCACCUCCUCUCCGCCCUCUCCCUGUUCGACGAAAUGCCGCUCAGAGACACCGUCGCUUGGAACUCCCUCAUCUCCUGCCUCGUCCGCCAUGGCCGCGCCACCGACGCUGUGUCCGCUUUCCGCUCUAUGGCUUCCGAUGGCGUUCCCUUCACCGGGUUCACUAUUUGCUCCCUCUUGAAGGCUCUCGCGCUGUCCCGUGCGCUCCGUCGGGGACGGCAGAUUCAUUCCUGGGUCGUCGUCAGCGGUUACGAUUGCGUCGUGAUGGCCACCGCGCUUAUUGACUUCUACUCGAGCUGCGGUGUGGUUCAUGAUGCUAUCGAGGUUUUUGAGAGAUUGGAUUGUGUGAAAGAUGUUGUUGUUUGUAAUUCCAUGAUUAGCGGGUUUGUGCAGAACAGGCGGUUCGAAGAGGCUUUCAGUAUGGUGGGGAAGGUUGCGAGGCCGAAUGGGGUGACUCUCACUUGCGCUGUCUCGGCGUGCUCGGAGACCUUGAAUUUGGGCUAUGGGAAGCAGACACACUGUGCCGCAAUACGUCGUGGCUUUGAUUCUGACACCAUCUUGUGUAAUGCGCUCGUAGAUAUGUAUGCGAAGUGCGGGGCUAUAGAGGCUGCGAACAUUGUUUUCAAUCGGAUUAGAGAGAAGAACGUGGUUUCUUGGACGAGCAUUAUCGAUGCCUAUGGUAGUCACGGUCGCGGAAAUGAAGCUUUAGAGUUAUUCGAGAGGAUGCGGCAAGGAGAGAGAUCUCAAAAUGUUUUGCCGAAUGCUGUUACAUUUCUUGCAGCUCUUUCGGCUUGCGGUCAUUCAGGUCUUGUCGAUGAGGGGCGCAAAUGCUUCUUUCUGAUGAGCGACAAGUACAGAAUUGAGCCGGGUCCGGAGCAUUAUGCUUGUCUGAUUAACUUGUUAGGCCGGGCUGGUAUGAUCGAUGAGGCCUGGGAUAUUUAUCAUAGUUUGAGUGCAGAAACUGCUGAUAAACUUAGCAACGCUGUAUGCGUGGCUAUGUUGAACGCAUGCGGUGUUUGUAUGGAUUUUGUGAGAGGAGAGCAGGUGGCAAAGAAACUUCUAGAGAUCGACCGAGAAAAUCCUGGAAGCUAUGUGUUAGUUUCAAACUUCUAUGCUGCUGUCGGAAGGUGGGGCGGGGCCGAUGAUUUGAGAAGGAUGAUGCAUGAUAGAGGUCUGAAGAAGGAAUCUGCGAGUAGCCAGGUUGCCGUAGAAAUUGCAGUUGAUCAGGAGAAAAACAAGUUUGUUUCUUCCAACAACAGGACACUCAACAAAUUCACCUUCAAAAGUUGUGAUUAUGAGCAUCUUCAAAGGCACUUGUUCACAUGGCGCGAUGAGCGCGCUUAAAAACACCACAUGAUGGAUUGAGGUGUUGGUCUGUAUAGCUUUGCUGUCGAUGAGAGUGCACGGAGUUUUAGUUGCACCAAACACCAGAUCUUGUCUUGAAAGGUUGUCUUUAUGUGGCGUUGAUGAUGAUCGCAGCUUAAAUCAUUAUGUUGAGUAGAAACCUAAUUAAGCUUGUAUCGUCAAGUUCAAAUCAGAAGUUUAUUCUUGAUCUUGAUUUUGUUCACGGCUCUACUAUCAAUAGGCUUCCUUCAAUGAUGUCUUUCUUUGGUGUAGGGACUUAAUCCGAUCGAGUAUUUACUAGUGAUAUGUUAUAUUAGAGAUUUUUAAAAGGUUAUACUCCUUUGUAUGUGAUUUUCAUAGCUCAUAUACAAUACAUUAAUUUGGUUACCCAAGUUUAGAUGUGUUCUACCCCCAUUCCCUUUUCUAUUUCUUAGCUUUUGUCUCGAUCAACCUCAUUAUCGAUCACCAUUAACUCAUUAAUUUCAAUAGUACAUGAUCACAAUAUAUCACACCAAAACACCAUUGAUUGAUCUUCAAAUGCUAAGCCUGUCCUACUCAGAGGUCCCAUGUUCAUAAAAAGCUUUGUAUCACACAGCAAACAAGCAAUUAAUACAAUAACAUAAUGAACACUAGUGACCCAUGAGGCCCUUAAUUUUUCAAAUCGCUGUUGGGACCAUAAUGAUGCCAAUUACCUCAAUUCAUGCAGCUAAAGUAAUUAAAUUAGGCCCACAAAUCGAAUAAAAAAUCGAAAGAAAAGCGACCCUUCGAAGCUAUUCAAUUUUAGUUGAACCUAACUUUGUCAAUAUGUGAGGGCCUGAGUAAUACAGGAUUGACAAUAGCUAGAACUCGUAAUUCAGAUAGUAACAGUACUAAUUGGCGUAUUCCAUCACACCUUAGAGAUUGUUACAAUCAAACCCGAAAUAAUGUGGUAAUUUUAUAGAAAAAUCUAUGACAAAACAGUGUGUAAGUACAUUUGAGCUCCUAUUUUUCUAUGGCACAUCUGUUACAGAGUAGACUUUCUUCUUCGUGGUAACAUUAUGUUAUGUGAGGUCGGAAUCACCGAAAUGUCCGAACAGCUUAGGGCUCGUCCUUUGUGUAUGCAACUUGUGUUAGUGAAAGAAUUAUUGUUGCCUCUUUGGUUUGCUAUGUAUGUACAGAGAUGCAAUUUUUCCUGUGCAAGGGUAAGGAUUAAUUUUUUUUGUUGCUCGGUUUUAUAAAUAUUAUAAGGGAUAACUAUAACUAUAGUCAUAUAAUUUUGAUCAUGUACCAUAGUUUUAGCAUUUAGACAUGGAGAAUAUACUAAACACAUAAUGCUUGUGGUGAGGAGAAAUGCAUUAGCUAUUCGUUCUUGAUUAAUUUCUCGAGCCAAUACCAAACCUUACACACUUGAGAAAUAUAAUGUGUACCUAGUACUCUUUAUACAUUAGGAUCCAACAAGUUGAGGAUUCCCAUUCAACUUAGGUCUAAGAUAUGUAAAAAAGUGCAGCAUCUAUAUCUAUAUCUUAAGCUAUAUCUAUACCUAUACAUUAUUUCUCCUAAAAUUGCCACAUGGCAACUUUUACUUUAUGGUUGAGUGUGAGCUCCAUCCCGAACCAGCUCAAGUCCUUCCACUUUCUCUUCCUCUUUCUCUUUCUUCGGCCGUUACUUUCGUUCAACGGCAAGAUAAAUCUCACUCCUCAUAAUCAUUUUUUUAUCAUUGUUUUCUCUUUUUUUUGUCGAUGUUUUCUAUAUUUUCUUUAAUUAUUUAUCCAUCGCAUCGUACGGGUUACUAACCUAGUUAACAUUAUAUUCCCCUAAACAAUAUUUUGCUGUCGCAAGAUGAAGCAGCUCCAAACAGAGGCAUUUAAUGUUGAUCUUUGUAAGGUCAUUGGAUCCUUCCUUUUGAGAAAGCUCUAACAUUUUGUGCUAUUUUUGAUACAAGUUGAUAUUAACAACUCUGCUAUUAUUAAUGACAGAUGUAUAUUUUAUAUUAGAUCUAGUCACCAUGCAUUGGUCGCAAGAGACCAAGAUUGUUUUAUUUAAUAUGUAUGUAUGUAGCUACAGCAAUAGUAUAAAUCUAUAGGAAAGAUAACGACCCCCCACUCCAGUGCCUCAACAGUGGCCAUAGAUACGUAUAGAGAUUACGUCCGUACCUCUUACGAACACCCCACGUGUUUAUGAUCUCCGGUUUGUUUUUCGGGAACAAUCACACGUUCCAUACAUACGUUCACUCUCUCUCUCUCUCUCUCUCUCUCUCUCUCUCUCUCCUCUCUUUCUCUCUCUCUAACCCUCUCGAUUCCUUGAGAAACAGAGUACGGAGAAACUGUUGCAUGGACAUAGUUCACCAUGUCAGUCAUAGACCGAUAAGACAGUAGGAAAAUAAUAGGUACACCUCGGCUUUGCCAAUAGUUUAAAUAUUUAUUUUUUUUAUUUUACUAUUAGGACGAGACUAGUUAACUACAUAACAUAUAUGGAUGACACAGUAAAAUAAUAUUUUUUUCUAAGUGAUAGAGAGAAAAGAGAACAAAGUAUGAAGUAGAGAAUGACAAAAUAUUAUAUUAUAUCGAUCUAUAAUUUUUGAAGAAUAUUAUUUUAUUACUCUAUUUAACUCUAUUCAGAAAUGAUUGCUUAAGGUGUAAUAAAAAUAAACCUAUAGAUUAAUUAACUAUAAUUUUUUGAAUGACAAGGUGAUAAAGUAUAAAUAGAGUCACCACAAGGAUGCUAAUUGAAUUUUAUCAUAAAAUAAAUUUGAAGGCUUAAUUUUAACUUUUCAUUAUUUUGUUAAGAAAUAAUUAUAAAUACCAAUGUAAGUAAAAAAGAAUUAAAUUAUAGAAAAAAAGAAGGUUGGUGAGGUUUCACCUUCAACCUUUAGUUUGUUGCGAGAUUCUUUAUCCUAACUAAAGUUCAGAUAUUUCAUUUUAAAUCAUAACCCACUUCAUGCGAAGAGUGAUAAUUUUUAUCAAUAAAAAGAGAUUGUAUUAGCUCUUUGUAAAAGAUUUUCUAUAGAUGGGUAAAGUAUUGUAGAACUUGUACAACAUGUUGCAUUGUAUAUAGACUUAUCAUUUUCUAUUUCAUCACAUUUGAAAAGUUUUUCUUUUUUGAGAGAUAGAUAGCACGCUAUCUGUUUCGCUUAUUUCAUUUAGAAAUAAACUUAGCUGAAAAUGUGAAUCAACUAAGAUUCAAACUUGGAACCUCGGGUAUCAACCACCAAGUCUUUUGCCUCUUGCUCUAGGGACGGUCAAUCACAUUUGAGAAAAUUAGCAUAAGUUGCGUGGAUUCAAACUUGAGAAUCAGACGAACAAGAGAUAGCGGGUCCACCGCUGACAUUGUGAACCAGGCCUGUAGCACCUAUUUCCCAAGAGGAAUACCAAAUAACAAAAAAAUUAAAAAAAAAAGAAAAGAAUGAGAGAGAGAGAGAGAGAGAGAGAGAGAGUCUUUAGGUGUGAAAGAGGAGAUAGAUGUGGAUACUGGACACAGAGAUAGAGAGAGAGAAGCGGGUGGGACCCGAACAACCCGGCCUCAUCCAUCCCUCCCCUUCAAUUAUUGCUCUCUUCCCCACCCCCCUCUUCUGUGUUCUCGCUGGCACCCCCGCUCUCUCUCAAUCCCCUCUCCCCAACAAAUAAAAACAAAACCACAGCCUCCUAUCGCCAAAACUUGAGAGAGAAAAAAAGAAAAAAAAAAA